CAUAGUAAUAUCUUCUUUUUCCCUCACCGUUCUCUUACCUUGCUCACACCUUUUCUCUCCUUAUAUCUCCUUUGUGUUAUAUAAUACACAGCAACCCAACAAUCAAGAAGAUCAGAUAAUGGUAGGGGUUUUCAUUUUCACCUUACCAAGAAUCCUCUGAUCAGCCAAAAUACACAUCAAUCAAUCACAUCCCCAAACACUCCAAAAAAGAAGCAGAUCUGCUUCCAACUUCAAAUCCCUUUUUCUUCUUACAAAAAAUGUCUAUGUCGUCUAUGUCAUCUCCUUCCUCAGCUGUUUUUUCAGCAGAGCACCUCUCUCCCUCUGAACAUCUUUGCUAUGUCCAAUGCAACUUCUGCGAAACUAUUCUUGCGGUUAGCGUUCCUUACACAAGCUUGUUCAAAACCGUAACCGUCCGAUGUGGUUGCUGUGCCAAUCUUCUUUCGGUGAACAUGAGAUCGCUUGUCCUCCCAGCGUCUAACCAGAUCCAGCUCCAGCUUGGUCCUCAAUCUUACUUCACACCCCAAAAUAUUCUGGAGGAGCUGAGAGAAGCACCAUCAAACAUGAAUAUGAUGAUGAUAAAUCAACAUCCUAAUAUGAAUGACAUACCAUCUUUCAUGGAUCUUCAUCAAAAACAUGAGAUUCCUAAAGCACCACCCACUAACCGCCCUCCAGAGAAAAGACAGAGAGUCCCAUCCGCAUAUAACCGAUUCAUCAAGGAGGAGAUCCAACGUAUCAAAGCUGGUAAUCCUGAUAUAAGCCACAGAGAAGCCUUUAGUGCUGCUGCCAAGAAUUGGGCCCACUUCCCCCACAUACACUUCGGGCUCAUGCCAGACAAUCAACCCGUGAAGAAAACCAACAUGCCCCAACAGGCGGGUGAGGAGAACAUGGGGAUGAAAGAAGGGUUCUACGCUCCUGCGGCUAACGUUGGAGAGAGACAUUAAACAAUUACAUCAAACAAUCAUUUCAUUAACAAGUUCGAGCCUUACAAUCAAACCCCAUUCAAUACGAAAUAACAAAGGUUGGAGAUUUGCCUUUAUCCAGCAAAAAAACAACAGAAACUAACAGAACAAAGCACACCAAAGAGAGAAGAGCACAGCAAGGAGUCUUUGGUGGAGAGCCAAGAACAACGUUAACUAAGCCCAAUAGUCUGCGCAAACACAAAGCUUAAGUGUGUCAUUAGGACAAGUGGGUUUAACCGCCGAGUCCUUCUUCGGGGGUCUAGGAGUAGUUGGUGGACAUUUUGUGGAAGUUAGAAAGGUGAAGAAAAGAAGAUUAAGUGUGAGCAGAAGAGCUGUAACUGCGAGAGUCUUAGGAGCCAUAGAGUUUUUGAGGAAUGUUAUGGGAUACAUGUGAA